AUGGCAAGAGCUAUACCAAACGUAAAAUUACAGAAAACGUUGAGGCUGUGCAAUCGCCAUUUUGACGAUUCUGACAUUGUCAAAGGGUAUGAUAUUCUAGGUUUGUUUCAUCCUUUCACCCACUGGAGAUUACGUGCAGGUUCAAAUACUAAGUAUCAUCUCGAAGUUGGCAUUGAACAACCAAAAGUAAGGAAAAAAGCUUUGCAAGAUGUGACUUAUGCUACCAAUCUACCGGCUUCCACACUACACAUAUUGGCAAAUGUUCCUAUAACUGUCAACCAGCCCCCUCUGAAAAGGUCUCGUGUUAGUAAAUUACUCACUACUGAGAGGAGUAAAGUGCUACAGCUUGUGGACCUGUAUGGUGUAGCUGUCAAUGAACACGGUGUUUCUCAGCCAGUCACAGUCAUUCCUACUCACCAACUUCCCACAGUCGCUUCUUCUCUUCCACCACAGUCGCUUCGUACUGCUUCCACAUCUUUUGAUUUAUUGGUCGUGUACAUUGAGCCAGUAACACCCAAGAAGACGGUGAUAUCUCAUUUUGAUAAGCAAGCUGCCGAACAGUCCCAGAACGAAGGUGUUGAUCAGGUGCCGAAUGUCCUGCAACCGAUGGCUCAAGUUGCACAGGAACUGAUCCAGCCUACGAUGGAAUCUAUUGAUGAUGAGCAAACUGACCAACCACCCCAAAACGAAGAUGGUCAAAUGCCAUACGUCCAGCAACCGAUGGCUCUUGUAAUAGAGGAACUGAUCCAGCCUACGAUGGAAUCUCUUGUUAACGAGCAAGCUGACCAAUGGCAUUUUAAUAACCCCGAACAUUUCUACGUUCUCGAUACAUUCCAACAUUGCAUAACAAAAAUUUGUAAUUUGCAUUUAAUCCCCAUAUUCUGUGAACAACAUCGAGAAGCCUUGAUUCCUUAUAUGGUAAUGGAAUAUACGAAGAUUCGUCAUCACUUUGAAGCGAAAAGACUGAAUAACCUCCUCUUGUCCAAGCAAAAAGCUAAAGUAAAAGCUAAAUUUAAGGAAGGAAAGCUAGCUUAA